CUGCGUCAGCCGACUGCCUCCCCCAAACUGAAGCGCUUCUCUGAUAACCGACCACCGACUCUGCUGCCACCGACGCACUCGCCUAUAGUUUAUUAAAUAUUAACUUGGCGGAUGGACGGCCGCUUGACCAUUCGUCUGCCCACUCUGGAGCGGUUAAGAUCGCCCACCAAGCUGAGGAACUGGCAGGCUCUUCCGAGUGCGAAUCUAACAAGUGCCCGCUAAUUAAUAAUCAUCCAGAGUAAGGCCUCCUCAACUAUUGGUUUGGAACUAAAGUGCCCUGGCGAUCUUAUCGGCAUGUGCGAUAAUGAAGAUGAUCUCUACCGGGAGCGCCUGCCAAACGUGUGCGGGUCGGUGGGCUCCAAGGCGCGAUCCUGCUGCAGCAUUCGAACCGUUCACAAGUACUUGCCCGUCACCGACUGGCUGCCCAAAUACCAGUGGAGCUUCCUGCCCAUGGACCUGGUCGCGGGUCUCACCGUCGGCCUCACAGCCGUACCCCAGGCCAUUGCCUACGGAGCGGUGGCCAACCUCCCCACCGCCUAUGGCCUCUACUCCGCGUUUAUGGGAGGAUUCGUGUACAUCUUUCUAGGAACGUGCAAGGACAUCACAGUGGGCCCAACGGCCAUCAUGGCUACUAUGGUGCGUCCGUAUGUGGACGGUGAUCCGGCCUAUGCGGUGCUACUCUGCUUUCUCUCCGGCUGCAUAAUAUUCGUCAUGGGCCUCCUGAAUCUGGGAGUGCUCAUGCGAUUCAUCUCUGUCCCGGUCACAACGGGCUUCACCAUGGCGGCUGCCAUCAGCAUUGCCACGGGCCAGAUGUGCAGCCUCUUUGGCGUCAGUUCCAGUGCAAGUGGAUUCCUCAACAGCUGGAUAUACUUCUUCGGCCACCUAUCGCAGAUACGAAGGAAUGAUGCCAUUCUUGGCUGCUGCACCCUGGCGCUUCUACUCCUAAUGAGGCAAGUCAAGGACCUCCCUCUGCCUUUUAAAAGUGUUCUCAAGUACAUUUCACUUUCCCGCAACGCUGUGGCCGUUGUCAUCGGAAUCCUGCUGUGCUAUCUGCUGAAGAAGGACGGUGUCCUGCCGUUCUUGGUCAGCGGCACCAUCCAACCUGGUCUGCCGCCGUUCAAGCCACCGCCAUUCCACACGGAAGACCCAACCACCGGAGCAGAAAUCAGCUUUGGUGGCAUGAUAUCGGCUGUGGGCUCUGGACUGGCGUCCAUUCCACUGCUCUCCAUUUUGGAGAGCAUUGCGGUGGCCAAGGCCUUCUCAAAGGGAAAGGUUCUGGAUGCUUCUCAGGAGAUGAUAGCUCUGGGAGUCAGCAAUAUACUUAGCAGCUUCUUUUCGUCCAUGCCGAUCACUGGCUCAUUCACGAGGACAGCUAUUAACAAUGCCAGUGGCGUGAAAACUCCUCUGGGUGGUGCGGUUACCGGAGCUAUUGUCCUCAUGACCCUGGCCUUCCUCACCUCCACCUUCGCCUACAUCCCCAAAGCCACCUUGGCGGCCAUCAUCAUAGCAGCCAUGUUUUUCAUGGUGGAAUACGAGACCAUUGGGGAGAUAUGGCGGGCAAAGAAACGCGACAUGCUGCCGUUUCUGGUAACAGUGUUCGCCUGUUUGUUUUGGACUCUGGAGUACGGAAUGGUGGUGGGCAUUGUCUUCAACGCCCUCUUCCUGCUCUACAAGAGCAUGAAGCCGCAGUUCCACAUGGAAAACGAAAAGUAUAAUGGCAUCGAGCUGACUGUGGCCGACAUCAAGGGCAGCGUAGACUAUGCGGCAGCCGAAUAUUUGAAACUGAGAAUUGUCUCGCACGUGACGAAUCAGAAAGACACUGCCGCUGCCCCAACGCUGGUGGUGAUUAAGGGUCAUGAGAUAGCCUCAAUUGAUACCACCGUAGCACUGAACCUCAAAUCGCUUCGGGAAGAUCUGGCCUUGCUGCAAUGCGACCUGGUCUGCUGGAAUUGGAGCAUUCCGGCGGCGGGAGUAAUUUGCCGCAUGGACAGAAAGCUGCGCAGCAUGUUCAAGUUCUCGAAAAGCUUCGACGAUCUAAUGCAAAUAGUAGCAGACGAAGCACAAGAGUCGUGUGCCAGCAUUGCCGUCGAGUUGAGUCAAUAAAGUCUAUUCUUUUGUCUUGUCAUUAUGCUAGAGCCACGUAUGUACUGUACACUUACCACCUAAUCAAGAAAGAGAUGAGAAUAAAAUAUUUAACAAUUUUACUAAAAAUUUAUAAAAAAAAGAAAAAGUUA